GUUGCUUUUUUAAAAAUUAGCUGAAAGAGGAAAUUGAUAUUUUUUGAAUUGAUUUUGAUUCAUAGAGGUGGCCAUCGUUUCACAGCCAUAUAUUGUGCUUACUGUUACAAGCACUUCCAUCACUGUGUCAAUACCUAAUUCUCUGCUUAAGAGAAAGCAGUCCUCUCUCUUUGCUUUGAUAUUCUUGGCUAAUCUUUGUGGUUUCUUUAAUUUUUGCUGAUCAUUACUGUGGUGAAUCCUCUCUUGAGUCAAUUCUACAAGCAUCUAGCUGUAUGUUUGUUAUUUGCCACUUUUUGGCUGUAAAAGGGUUAUUCUUUUAGGUGGUUUAUUUGAGGGCACAAUAUUUGUUUUGUUUCAAAUGUAAUGAUUUUCGUUAUAAAGAAUAUGGAUACUGUAACCUUUUUUUUUGGCUGACAGAUGAUGAUACGAUUCUUGUUAUUGGCAGAUGGUGUUUGCCCUCCUGUAUUGAAGAAACUUCUGCUGAUGAUUGUUGUGAUCUUGUAAUGGCUGCUGGAAAGAGGCCUGGGUUAUUCAACAUGUUAGAAACUGUCAAGCCUCCUCCUCCUCUCAAACGAACUCGCAAAGAACGUAAUCCAGGACAUGACAUUAGUGGAAACAUGGAUCAAGAUAUGUGGCAGGAUUUUCCCCAAGAUCUCUUUGAAGCUGUUGUUUCCAGACUACCUAUUGCUACUUUUUUCCAGUUCCGUGCUGUUUGCCGUAAAUGGAAUGCUCUGAUUGAUUCCGAUAGCUUCUCCCGAUACUGCACCGAGCUUCCUCAGACCAUCCCUUGGUUCUACACCAUUACCCACGAGAAUGUCAACUCGGGACAAGUGUAUGACCCUUCUUUGAAGAAAUGGCACCAUCCGGUUAUCCCCGCUCUUCCCAAGAAGAGUAUUGUUUUGCCAAUGGCUUCUGCGGGAGGUCUUGUGUGCUUCCUCGACAUUGGUCAUCGGAACUUUUACGUGAGCAACCCGCUGACCAAGUCUUUCAGAGAGUUGCCUGCUAGGUCGUUCAAGGUCUGGUCUCGUGUUGCGGUAGGGAUGACUCUGAAUGGGAACUCCACCAGUCAUGGUUAUAAGGUUUUGUGGGUUGGAUGUGAAGGAGAGUACGAAGUGUAUGAUUCCCUGAGUAAUGUGUGGACCAAACGAGGGACCAUCCCGUCCAACAUAAAGCUCCCGGUGUUGCUCAACUUUAAGUCACAGCCAGUGGCUAUCCACAGCACACUCUACUUCAUGUUAACAGAUCCCGAAGGGAUAUUGUCCUACGACAUGGUCUCUGGGAAAUGGAAGCAGUUCAUCAUACCGGGUCCGCCAGACCUGAGCGAUCACACGCUAGCUGCGUGCGGAGAGCGGUUGAUGCUGGUGGGUCUACUGACUAAAAACGCUGCCACAUGCGUUUGCAUAUGGGAGCUGCAGAAGAUGACACUGUUGUGGAAGGAGGUUGACAGAAUGCCAAACAUAUGGUGCUUGGAGUUUUACGGAAAGCACAUUAGGAUGAAUUGUCUAGGCAACAAAGGUUGUCUGAUUUUAUUGUCCUUGAGGUCCAGACAGAUGAACCGUCUGAUUACCUACAAUGCUGUUACUAGGGAAUGGACCAAGGUCCCUGGCUGCACCGUUCCUCGUGGGGGGAGAAAAAGACUUUGGAUCGCUUGCGGGACAGCGUUUCAUCCCUCCCCUACAGCUAGGGCUUGAUCAUCUCUUCUCUUGGUUCUUUUUCCUUAGCCGUCUUUGAGGUUGUAUUCGAAAGAUUGACAUUCACACACGGUUGGGUUUUUUUUGUUUGUUUGUUGUUUUGUUUUUGGUUUUGAUUUUCGAGACUGUAAUAUACCAACUUUCGUGUUGUAAUAAAUAACUUGUGACUUGGGUUAUGCAUAACUUCUUAAA